AUUUUGUUCUCUAAUAAAUACCUGGAAAAAAAAAACCCCUAACCCUGAGCGGAAGUCGCCAUUAUCACUCACCACCUGUAAUCAGACUACAGAGCAGCAGCUACAAUCACAAAAUGGGUAAGGUCCACGGAUCGUUGGCACGUGCAGGGAAAGUCAGAGGGCAAACUCCAAAAGUAGCCAAGCAAGACAAGAAGAAGAAGCCUAGAGGCCGAGCCUAUAAGCGGAUGCAGUACAACCGCCGUUUCGUCACCGCCGUUGUCGGUUUCGGCAAGAAGCGAGGACCCAACUCUUCCGAGAAGUGAGGCUGGACCUUUUAGAAUCCUGCAUUGUAGGAUUUUGGAA